UUCUCAACACAAAGAUUUGUGAUUGUUGGAGAUACUACUCUAACAAUGAAGAAGGGUGUUAGUUUCCUGGUGACUGUUGCCCUCGUGGCAUUGGUUUCCUCUCUUGCCUCUGCCUCUGAUCCAAGCCCACUGCAGGACACUUGUGUUGCCAUUGAUGAGCCCAAGGAUGCUGUAUUUGUGAAUGGAAAGUUCUGCAAGGACCCAAACCUGACCGUCGCUGAGGAUUUCUUCUUUUCAGGCCUGGAUAAGCCAGGAAACACAUCAAAUGCAGUAGCCUCAAAUCUCACUACUGUAAAUGUUGACAAAAUAAAGGGACUCAACACUCUUGGCAUAUCCAUGGUUCGUAUUGACUAUGAACCAUAUGGCCAAAACCCUCCUCACACUCACCCUCGUGCCACCGAGAUCCUAACUGUCUUGGAGGGAACCCUCUACGUUGGGUUUGUCACAUCCAACACCGAAAACCACCUCAUUAGCAAAAGACCAAGAGGGAAGGUUAGUGCGGAUAGAGACUCCACGAGGUAUUGA